GUUAGGGUUUAAAAGCUUUUUUGGAUCCAUAGGGUUUUCAGUCCGAGAAGGGAGAUGGAGGCACUGGACAUGCCGCUCGAUUCUCUGGUGAAGAAGAGCAAGAUUUCGUCGCGCGGCGGUGGCAGCAGCAGGCUUCGCCGCGGCAGGGGCAGAGGCGGCAAGAUCGCUCAGGGUAGAGGCGGAGGCAGCAGCACAGCAGGGACAUUUCUGGGUCCAAGAUCUUCGGGGCUCUUCCGCAAGGGCUCGCGAUACCGCGCCGGCGCGUUCGGCAUCACCAAGUUAAACCGUGGUGGAGUUCCUCCUCUCUGGCAGCAGUUAGACGAAGGUGCCCGGCUUUACGUUUCUAACUUAGACAGCGGGGUCUCGAACGACGACAUCAAGGAGCUCUUCUCUGAGAUUGGCGAGCUCAAGCAAUGCUCCAUCCACUACGACAAAGUUGGACGCUCAAAGGGUACAGCCGAGGUCUACUUUGCGAGAAAGGAGCGAGCCCUGGUGGCGAUGAAGCAGUAUAACAACGUGCAGCUGGACGGGAAGCCGAUGGUGAUUGACAUGAUCGGCGGUGGCGCUCAGCUCACAAAUGGCUACGUUGCUCCAGCACCUCGACCGCAGAGGGCGUUCCCAAGAUUGUCCAGUGCGAUGGGAGUGGCGGGUGCCCGAGCUGGUAACGCCGGCGCUGUCCGAAGAGCGACAGGCCGGGGUGGAAGAGGCCGAGGUCGCGGCCGGGGCCGAGGCCGCGGCGGUGCUAGUGCCUCUGGCCGGGGGCCGCAAAAGUCUGUGGACGAGCUCAACGCGGAGCUGGAGAAGUAUCACUCGCAAGCCAUGGAUAUGUCGUAGUAUCAGCGAAGAUCACAGGGAAGCUACGUUAAAAGUCAUCCAUCUCUGAAGAGGUGGAAGCGAGGAAAAAGAAGAAAAAAAUGAGAGGGGGUGCUGAUUAUGGGUGAUGAUGUAUAGGUUUGUAGCAGCCUCGUGUACAAGAAAGGUUUUGCAAAAGCCUCAGAUGUCCAUCAAAACUUAUCUAUGAUUUAAGUUCAAUUUGUUGGUAAAGAA